AUGAUUCCAGUUGUUAACUGGGGCGAGUUUCCUCCCGAUAGUAUCACGGCGAAACGACGGAGGGAGCAAUUGCAACAAGAGGCGCUACAACAAGAGGCGAAUAAUUCCAAGCCAGAAGAUACUGAUAAAGUAUCAUUGGCUACUACAGCGGUCGAGAGAUCAACAGAUCAAGCUGGCGAAGAUUCAAAUGAAAAGCGAAAGCAAACUUCUCCACAACCCGAGUCAAGUCGUGAAGCAGGCAAAGAACCGAAGCAAGGAUUCCGGAAGUCUACACAGCAACGGGUAGGCAAUGCCUUUAAAUAUUGA